ACAAUGUAAUUCCCCUGUUGCGUCAUUUCUCGCGCUCAGCGUAUUUUACGUUUAACCGUGGGUGUGAUUUCUAUCUUUUCACCAAGGAAUGGCAGUCCUCCUGGACGGGUCUGGCCGUGAGCUGCUGUGGUUGACCGUUCUAUGCGAUGGAACACCGUGCGUGUCUACGAUGCUGUCCGACCCGGCAGUCAUGCGCUUCGUGGCUCCGCGCUGCGGGAGGCUGACCAUGCUGGUCAAAAACGUGGCCAUCGCCCCGGCCUGCUUUUUCAGUCUCCAUCGACAGCUGAUGGAUCCGGCAAGUGCGUGGAACGAUGCAGCCAACAAUCUCGUCAACGACUUCAACGUGAUCUACGUAGGCUGGCAAGAGGAAGUGUCCAGGGAUGCGUCGACGGGGCGGGCGAUGCUGGUGGAGCCCACUCGGCAAGACGACGGGCGCGCCGUCCUGGUCAGCGACCCCGCUGCUGCUGCCGCGCCCCGCACCAGGUUCCGCCUCUCCGUGUCGCCGGCCGCCAGGGACUGCUGCAGCACGCCGACGGACCUGAGCCGCGCCACGUGGCAGCGAAAGACCGUCCCGCAGGCCGCGCCCCCGUUGAACGUGAUCCUCGCGAGGGCGACCGGAGGUCUGCUAGACCUGCAGCUCCACCAGUCGAGCCUCAUCAGCGAAGUCAAGGACCAGAUUCGGUGCCGAACCUGCGUGUCGUUCGAACGAAACGGGUUGUUUUGGCGCGGCGAGGAGCUCCAGAAUGCGAGGGCUGUUGGUGAUUACCCGAUCCAGAACGGCGACUUACUCGAAGUCAAGCCUGCGGGCGGCGUACAACCCGCAACCCCGACGCCGGGAGCCCUCCGCGCGGUGCCGUUCGUGUACCCCGACGCGCAGCACUUCCCCGACGACUUCAGCCUUCGAGAGGAGUCACGGGCUUCUGGCUGCCCCACGCCAUACACGGCAGCGGCCUCCUUGACACCAGGGCAGGGGCCAGAGAGCGAGCCGAGGCCCAGGCACGACCAGCGCGGCCCCCACCUCAUGUUCGAGGUGUUUUACCAUUGGCCAUCAUAGCAGCUGAUUUACAAAAUCUGAUGCUUUAGUCCGGACGUUAGCGGCGCAUACCGGGACCCACCUUGCAAAAUGUGAUACCGGAAUGCCACUUGGCACAGUUGUUGUACUAACCCUAAGGAUCAUUUUAAGAGGUGGAGCCCAGGUGG